AUGUCUUCGAUUAAAACUUCUGAAUUCGCGGCGGAUAAUACAUCGGAAGUUAAUAUAGCACUGAUGAUGCUUAGAAAACCGACAGAGUUGAAAAAAGUUAUAGAAUCAGUACCUAAGCCCGUUAGUGCCGUCCCUAAAAAUGGUUUGCCGAUGUGGUACAGGCUGGGUCUCGAAUCCAAACUGCCCGUGCCCAAAAUGCCGCUUGGGAAAAUCAUAUUUUCGCGGGGAAAAAUUGGAGAAGAUGUCCGUCGCCUCGGGCUGGGUAGUGAUGCCCCUUUUCCAACCUUCGAUUUGACUGACCCCAACUGCUAUAACGUGUCAUACGACUACGUGCCGAUGCACGACCCGCACCUCGCGCAUCACUUCGCACAGAAGGCUGCACGGAAUAGGAUGAAGCAGCUCGGCUUCUGCACGAAAGACGGCCGCGCGGUCUGCUCGCUUAAAGAAUUCAAUCAGUACAGAAAGUACCUGUAUAAUCGCUUUAUGGACAGAAUACAUAUGGAGAUGAAGAAGUUGGAUGAACGGGCUCGUGAUGAUCUGACGCUGAAGCGCGUAGAGGUGGACGUGGCGCGGCGGCAGCAAGCGUUCACCAAAGCGGAACGCGCAAGAGAACAUCUCGAACGAAUCGCGCAGGAGCACGCGGACGAGUGGGCGGAGAAGAGGAGACUCGCUAAGGAACAAGAAAAGAAGAUUAAAAAUAGGAUGAAGUAUCUAGCCGAAUUCAACGAGAAGCAACGUAAGGAGAGAGCGGCGCGUGCGCACGAGAAACAGAACAGAAUCAAGCAGAGGGUACAGGCGGCGGCAGAGCUGGAACUCAGGAGGAAGAUCACUAUGGUGCGGCAAUGGCGAGCCAACGAGAGGCAACGACUAUACAGGCUAAAGCAGGAGCGUGAAGCUAAGGCGAAGCGGUUGGAAGACGAGGCUAAUAGAAAAUGGGCGGCCCGAAUCAACGCACAAAAUUCAAAAAUUCAAGAAGAAACUUUACUACUUAAAAUCUACGCUGAAGAUAUGAAAGCUGGAGCUAUGAGGAGAGCCAAGAAAGCGGAAGUUUACGCGUACAACACGGACUUGGAGUUACAACGUAUCAGAUUAGCGAACUGGAAGCUGCUGCAUGGCGGAGAUGUGAAGGCCGCCAAACUUGUUAAAAAGAUGGGGGUCGAGUUUGAGAAGUCAAAGCGCGGAGCUAAGGGCAUGAGUCCAGAGUUAGCACAGUCGCUUGCGAUAGAAGCUAUGACGAGUGCGGUGUCGACACAGGGUGAUCCACUUGUCACCUUAGGACAAGCUCGUACCAUGAUGGACGUCGCCACUGUUCUACCGACGCCGCCCUUGAAACUACUGGAAGAAGUGAUAGAGUCAGUUGUGAUGGAGUUUACACGACAGCGUGUGCACGUGAUGUUGCGAGGAGUCGAAAAUCUGGUCCACACGAAAGCAGCUAAUGUAUUCUUCUCAAGCAUACGACCGUCUGAGAAGAAACAGUUCGGGCCAAAGAAGCCUCGUUGGGCGGUACAAGUUGCGGCGGAGAUGGCAGCGGCCCAGAUGACCGGCCAUCGUCACAACUCCCUGGAAUUCGGCAACGUGGAGGCCAUUCCCAAUGAUUUCGAAGCAGAAGUCGAGAUGAAGAGUAUUAAAGAUCGACCACCGACGCCAGUCCCAUCAAAAACGAAAUUAGCAGAAGUGACAUUCUUAGAUCGAUUGGAAGAUUUACCAGAUCCAGUCUCUGUGCCGAGCUUCUUACCUGAAAGAAGAAAACUUCUUGAGAUGAUCAACAUUGCAGCCAAGUUACUGACUCGGUCUGUUAGUCAGAAGGUUUUAAAAGGCAUGGACGUCACGCUCGGCAAGGUUACAUUGCCUAGACUCAGACAAGCCAUGGAGUGGGGUGAGGCUGUGGAAGGGAUGAAGGAGGCAGUGGUGGACAACCGCGUGCACGGCGACGCAGUGGAGGUGCGUCACACCGCCGACUAUCUGGCUAGCCGCGUGCUGAAGUCAUUACGUGCUGAGAUGAAGGAGGAGAAGAAGAAGAUUAGUACUCAGUCUGAAGGUGACUUCUACGUUCCUGAGAAAGUGAAACAAAAUUGA